AUGGAUUGCAAAGUGAAAAACUAUAAUCUCUGGGAAAAUUACCUUAAGCAGCAGCCUCCAGAGGUAAGGCAAGAGGAGCACUCCAACCACGAUAGUCGGCACCAGGGAGACCGCCACUCUAGAUUCCAAGGUGGCGAAUCCCCUUGUGCUGGGAGGGAGUCCCAUCGAGACGAGAGACGGAGCGGACCCUCCAAGCGUGACGAGUAUGGGAGACCGAGCUCAAAGGAGGAGGAGUCCUCUGGUCCCGAUUACGCUCGAGCCGGAGGGGCUCAGCAAGAAAGGCGUUUGCGGUAUUUGGAGAGGGAGGUUGCAGAGUUGAGACGGAGGGAGGAAAAGCCACAUGACAUUGUUUCCAAUCAACCAUUAAGUUGGGAGAUCAUGGCUAUUAUUCCAUCUGAGCGCCUCCGAAUCCCUGCCAUCAAGCCAUAUAGAGGCACAACCAACCCUGCUGACCAGUUGAAUCUCUUCGCCUCUCACAUGAUGGUCCAGGCGGCACCUGAUGCUAUGUGGUGUAGAGUCUUCCUGGCCACUUUGGAAGGACAUGCACGGGCCUGGUAUUCAAGCCUGGCACACCAGUCGAUUGCUAACUUCGGACAGCUUCGGAACAAGUUCUUGGCGCAUUUCGCUCCCAUUCGAAGGCACCGAAGGUCAACAAUGACCCUUGUGAAUCUCAAGCAGAACCAAGGGGAGUCAUUAACAGAUUUUGUGGCUAGAUUUAAUAUGGAGGCAUUGAGCAUUGAGAAUAUUGAUCAGAGUAUUGCCAUGGUGGCCUUUCAAAAUGCCUUGAGGGUUGGUCCUUUUACCCAGUCACUAGCUAAGAGGCCUCCCCAGACGUUCACGAAGAUCCUGAGCCGAGCCACCAAGUACAUUAAUGCCGAGGAGGUAAUGCGGGCCAAGAGAAUUGAAUACUCGGAUAAGAAAGAGAAGAAAAGUCAGAAUAUGGAGCAGAAGCCGGAAGAUAAACCAGGUCGUCGGGGGGAAAGGUCGGGCCCCCGAUGGAGUCCGGUCAGGUUCACCCUGCUUAAUACUCCUCGGGCAGAGAUCCUAGCUACAAUUGAGAAUAAGGAUUACUUGAAAAAAUCAAGACCUAUGAAGGCCCUGGCUAACAAAAGAAGUAAAGACAAGUAUUGUCGAUUCCAUCGAGAUCAUGGACAUGACACGGAGGAGUGCCAUCAACUGAAAAAAGAGAUUCAGGAGCUCAUCAAUCGGGGUUUCCUAAGGAGGUUCGUGGCUAAGGAUACUGAGCCACAAAGGGGCGAACGUCGGAGAUCAAGGAGCCCUCCCCGUAGACGUGGUAGAUCCCAGGAAAGGCGCAGGACCAGAACUCCGCUUAGGAGAGAGAGUCGCCAGAGGGAAGGAAGUCCUCCACAAUAUUUAAUUUUUCACACUUUAGUCGCUGGGAUGGUGCUAGGCAAGGAUUCGGGAGAAAGUUCUGAUCUGCAUCAACAUGUUGGAGUUAAGAGGGCUCGGUCAGGGGACGUUAUCUCUUUUACGGAUAACGACUUGCCAGGGUAUCCGGUUUCUAAUGAUCCACUGGUCAUCAAAGCGAAGUUGGGAAAAUGGGAGCUUCGGCGGAUCCUUGUGGACCCGGGGAGCUCCUCCGAGGUUUUAUAUCGACAGGCCUUCUUGGGCAUGGGAUAUCAGAUGGAACAGUUGAAGCUAGCUUGGGUCCCUUUGAUUGGAUUCGACGGGGAAGUGGUGUAUGCAGACGGUAUGUUUCAGCUCUUGUUGACUCUUGGAAAAGGUCCUCGAUCCGCCCAGGUCAUGUUAGACAUUUUGGUAGCAGAGGUCCCAUCGGCCUACAAUAUGAUCUUGGGGAGAUCGGGGUUAAAUACUCUAUGGGCCGUGCCGAGCACUUACCACAUGGUGCUUAAGUUCCCUACUGUUGCGGGGAUUGGCGAAGUUAGAGGAGACCUAAAGUCCGCUCGGGAGUGCUACAUGGCAUCUAUCAACACUGCUAGGGGUAUCAUGCAUGAGCGGUCAGGGGUUUACCCCAAGGAAUUUGGAGCUACGUAUUUUUCCUAA